AUGGUCGUUCCCCACAUGGUCAUCCGCCAAGAGGCCCAAGUCAUAACUCAGACGGUUGAGCUCCCGUCCACAACUUACACCACGCACGUCACACUAGGCGUGGUGUCGGCUGCAGCUACGGACCGUCCCGUCGCAGUCCCAUCCCAGCACAGUGGCGAUGGUCUCAGCGGUGCUGAAAUCGGCGCCAUCGUCGGAGCUGUCGUUGGGUUUUUUAUCCUCUCUUUCGUCGUGGUCAAGAUAAGGAGGAGUUAUCGCAGCUACUCUGGUUCGGAAGAUGAUUGGUCGGUUGUGAUGCCGCAUGAGGGUUGGACGAGGCCUGUGCCUGUUGCUAUUCCUAGGCCUGUGCCGGUGCAGUAUCCGCCUCCGGCUGCGCAAAGAGAGCAGGUUCCUGGGGGACCAAAGUUUCCCACUUAUAGAGCGAUUCCUAUUCCCAAUCCUAGGAGGGCAGCUUCGAAUCUUCCUCGAACUUAUCGGUGA